CAUGACCCAAACAGACAUAGGCCCAUGUGUUCGUUUGGUCCAAGACAUCCACAAAUGGGAGGUCGCCUAAUUAGUUGAUUCGGCUUCCAUUUUAUGUGAUUUCUUAUUGUGAAUCUUACACGAGCUCAUCCGUUCACAGAAGUGACCGAGCUGUAUCACCUGACGUGUCGAUCUCUCAGCUCUCUCCCGUCACAUCCGACGGCCCCACUCACAGUGACCAGUCAGCUAUUCGGAAUUCGUCCACUACCAGUGUGCCACAACAGAAGCGUGUCUCUCGCCCACAGCGACGCCUCCGUUGCGUCGCGUCGUCGUCGUCUUCCACCGAGGAAGUCAUUCACGAGGAAGAGGAGGUCGAGAGAGGUAGAAGAUGGUGUCGGACGAGAUCCCGAACCCUAAUUUUAGUCCAUAUCCGAGCCCUAACCCUAACCCUAACCCUAACCCCAGCAACGAUCGAGAUCCUCUCAUCGAUCGGAGGCCUAAGCGAAAGAGGAAUCUUCCGGGAACCCCAGAUCCGGAGGCGGAGGUGAUCGCGCUGUCGCCGGGGACGCUGCUGGCGGCGAGCAGCUUCGUCUGCGAGGUCUGCGGCAAGGAGUUCCGGCGGGAUCAGAACCUCCAGAUACACCGCCGCGGGCACAACCUGCCGUGGAACUUCGCGGCGAAGAAGGCGUCGUCAGACGAGGCGGCGGCGAGGGCGAGGCGGCGGGUGUACGUGUGCCCGGAGGCGAGCUGCGUGUACCACGACCCGUCCCGGGCGCUCGGGGACCUCACGGGGAUCAAGAAGCACUACAGCCGGAAGCACGGGGAGAAGAAGUGGGAGUGCGAGCGGUGCCCCAAGAAGUACGCCGUCCGGGCGGACUGGAAAGCGCACACCAAGAUCUGCGGCACCCGGGAGUACGAGUGCCACUGCGGCACCCUCUUCGCCAGGAAGGACAGCUUGUUGGCCCACCAAGCGGCGUGCGAGGCGACGGCGACGACGACGACAACGGCGGAGGAGAGGGAGGCGAGCACUGUGAAUGGGGAGCUGUUGUUUCCGAGCUUGUGGGGGCGAUCGACGGAGCGAGCGGGGAACAAAGGCGGCUGAUGCAGUUCCAUAGCUCGGAUGCAUAGGCUCAAGGCAUUGGGUGCAGAACGCACCCCAUCUUGUAAUAGAUUUGAUGCAAAUGCAUGACGAGAUACAACUCGAACAAUCUGAUGCAUGAUAGAUACUCCAUCAUAGUAUAUUUUUAUUGGGUGAGUCAUGUUCAAUGACAAUGGGCAAUUAAAGAUUAUCCCUUACAUUUUAA